AUGUCGACUCUUCAGGAAAUCACAUCGGAAUCCGAGUUCGCUCAACAUCUCUCCUCUCUUCCUCCAUCAGCACUUCUAGUCCUCUCAUUCCACACACCAUGGGCCGCACCAUGCACUCAAAUGCGCACAAUCCUCAACACCCUUGCCGGAGGGUACCCAGUCACCUCGCCACCCUCAACCUCCUUCGUGAGCGUAAACGCUGAAGAACUUCCCGAUAUUUCAGAAGAAUACGAUGUCACCGCCGUCCCGUUCUUGGUGCUCAUCCGCGACAAGAAAGUGCUCGAGUCGAUAAGCGGGAGCGACGCAGUCAAGGUUCGCGAUGCGAUUGAGCGUCAUGCCGGUCAGGCUGCUUCCUCGGUGCCGGGAUCAAAAUCGACUAUUCCUCCUGUUCUUAAUGCGACUCCCCGCGAACCCGUAGUCUCAGGCGCAGCUACACAUAUUCCAGCCGCUUCUGGUGCUGCACCAGCCUCCGCCGCACCCCCCGUCGCUGCCGCGGCAGCUGCACCAGCCGCCUCUGCUGAAGAAACCAAAGAAGCCCUCUUUGCGCGUCUCGCCGAACUCGUCAAAGCCGCUCCGGUGAUGCUUUUCAUGAAGGGUACACCAAGCGCACCCGAAUGCGGAUUCAGUCGUCAGCUUGUCGGAAUACUGCGCGAGAAUGGAGUCAAAUAUGGAUUCUUCAACAUCUUGGCAGAUGAGGAUGUGCGUCAGGGUUUGAAGGAGUUUGCAGAGUGGCCUACAUUUCCGCAGUUGUGGGUGCAGGGUGAGCUUGUUGGGGGUUUGGAUAUUGUCAAAGAGGAAAUCAGCGCCGAUCCUGAUUUCUUGAAGGCUUAUGCUGUUCAGCGGCCGACUGCUACGGCUUAG